AUGGAGAUCAUUUCGGCCGAUCAGCCCCGCAGGGGCCGUCGAUCAUCCUUCUCGGAGCACAUCCACCGCGUGUUCAACAAAUCUUCGGAUUCAGGAGCUUUGUUUGACUCCUUGAAGAAGCGACAUAGCAGUGCUUUUGUUCCCCCGGUGCCCUUUCUGGAGCGUGAAGCUCUCGCAAAUGAGGCAACCGGCGACAAUGCUUCCUAUGCCAGGCAAUCCUUGUACGUUGAGACCGGACCCAGUUCGAUCUCUCGUUCCUCCAUGAACUCUUGUCUGCCCUCUACUGGCACACCUGGCUCUAGUCUAUCCAUCGCGCCCGUUGGGACCUCAGAGAAUGGCACUCCAACCCAGCAGAUGACGCCUCUAACAACUAGCCGUCCCAAGGACCGAGACAAUAUCUGCAAAUCACCAACCUUGGAUAAACCCAAGAAGAAAGAAAAGCGUGUUACGAAACGGCUGGAGGCCGAGAGAAAGGAACUUGAGAAACGGCUGCUAGCACUUGAAGAAGCCCAGUCCAAGGCCGACCUCGGAAUAUAUGAGAGAUCAUCCCGCCGUCUGACCAAAAAGCAACCCGUGAGCAACUCAAGCAGAUCUUCCAGUGCCAAUGCAGAACGUCCGAGAUCUUCGAGUAGGCUGUCCUCGAUAUUUCGGCGAUCGCGCCGGAAUUCGACUUCGAGUGACUUGGACUCCCAGUCCCCCGAGUUUAGCCAGCUUAGGAAUGAUACGAACCCACCAUCUCUGCCCUUGACUCUGCCUGAAAGGUUUGGAACGGCUAUCACUCGGGAACUCCAGUCCACGCACGGCACGGCACUGAACUUAUCCGCUUCGAACAGAAUGUCUAAUCCGACACAAAGUCGUUCGACUCGUUCGCUACACGCUGCGGCAAAAUCUGAUGAUCUUCGCGAGAACUGGAGGAUGGCCGAAGCCUGGAAGACAAAGAACGACGGCCGUCAGUCGACUCGUUCGGUUUCAAAGCAGAUUUCCCAAGGCAGUCGGUCUAUAGUUGGGAACGGUGCUCAAACUGGCGAGACAACAGCAGCCACAGCGGCCAGGGGCGAUUUGGACCGCGAGCUAUUCUCCGCAGCUCUGAAACAUGAUAGGAAGAGUGCCCCCGCGACUGAGUUCGUGUCUGAGCGUGUGGCCCGACAUGACCGUUCUAUCCGGGCCAUUAGCAUGCCAGUCCCACGAAGCUUGCCUCAACCCGACCCGCAUCAACCCUAUCCCAAUUCGCCUACACAAGUCACCACAGCACAUCAGUCGCAGGAGCUACUGCCCCCAGAGGCCCCAGAGGAUUCUUCGAGUCCAUCCAGUUCCAGAUCCUAUCUACCGCUCAACCCAUCUCAAACAAACGCCACCGGGAGUUUCGCUCGAAAGGUCCGCGUGGAACAGUCCCCCCGAGCAUACAAGUCAUCUCCUCUCGCACUGAAUCCUGUCAAAACGAAUGAAUCGCCACAGAAAGGCUCCAUGGUCCCAGAAGCAGUGGCAGGGCAAAACAUCAACAGCCCCAUUCAAUCGAAGCCGCCACAAUCUUCCGCCCGGUCUCAUCCCGAGGAUCGGGGAAGAAGCCGACUGCCUGUGGCCGCUUCGAGUGGCCCUCGGCAGACGUCAAGUCGUUUCAUGGAAAACUUCCAUGAAACUUCACAAGAGAAUAAGGCUCCAGAGGUUCCUAUCAAAAGUGAGAGGCGGAGUCAAGAGAAUUGGAGAAUCAAAACCCCGUCAGAUGAAUCGCUGGGGGAAAUUCCAGUGUCUCCUUUCCAGCCGGCCGUCAGAUCCCCGUUCCACACUGGAAGCGUUUCGCCCGGUGGACGUAACAGACGGAUGUCCAGAGACAUGUCGGAUGGAAAUUCUGCUGUUUCUGCAAGGUCUCCCCGACGAGCGUCUCGCGCUUCCAAUGAACUCCCGGGUAAUAUCCUUGCAGGUGGGGGACCCGGAGCGUUCGUACCAGGGCAUAGCCACGCCCCUUCACACGCCUCCUCCCACGAUGGGCACUCAAACCAUGAUAACGAUGGGCACUCCAACUAUGAUACCGCUGACGAAGACACCCCAGAGUCUCCUGAGCUUAGAGAAAACUCGCUGACUCGGGUGAAUACCAGUCCUUUGAUCCCACCCAUUGAGGCGCCCGCUGCUCAGCAGCCUCCAGUCAGUCAAACCAUGCAAAACAAUAUUUCGCCUGGCAUCCAGCCUAAUAUUCAACGUGACACUCAGCCAAGCACCCACUCUGACAUUUUGGCCGGCAACCAGCCGGGAAUCAGCCCUGGCAGCCCCCAAACCCGCCCAGCCCCCAUGAGCAUCCUACAGCGAAGAUCCGAAAAAGCGAAAGAAAACCGGCCACCACCAAUUUCCAAGCUCUUCGUCAUCUGCUGUCGGUGCAAGUACUGGCACGACCUACCAUCCGAAGUGUAUGCACGCCUCGCCUGCCCGGAGCGCCUCGGUCCAGAGUCCAAACUGAGCAGAGCCCUCUCCAAAAAACGGAACGGCAGCGGCUCCCGCAAGCUGACAGGCUCGCGGCCCCUAUCCUUCGGCUAUUCUGCUUCCCGUGCCCAGGACACGCCUGAUCUGCACCCUGCACCACUUCUGCCUCGCAAGGUGACCUGCUGCUGGUGUGGACAUAACAUGAGCCGGUCUUGCUGUGAGGGCUGGACUACCGUUGUGGAGAUGCGCGAGCGUCAUCAUUGA